GCAGUUGGUUUUUCAUUCAGAUGUCACUCCAAUUUUUUUCUUAGAAGAUGUGCAAGGUGAUCAACGUUGUGUACUAAAAUUGCAAGAAUUUGUAUCAGUCAUAUCAUAACCAUUGCACGUAUUAUUUUGCAAUUGAGUAUAUACAUAUAUGUAUAUAUGUACGUACAUAUAUCGUUACAGAAAAUAAAAACAAUUAGAUUGAUCAAGUAUAACAAUAAUCAUCAUCUGUCUUUCAUUAAUUUUUUCUUCUUCUACUAAUGAUAAAUAUUGUUAACUUUAUUUUAUUUAUAUUAUUUGUUUAUACAAUUGAAUAAUAUCAACAAUGACUGCUAUUUAUAUUGAAUCUGAUGUUGCCGGUGUUGUAAAAAAAUUAUCCAGUUUAAUUGAAGAGUAUGCCAAUGAUGCAAUAGAAUCUGAUGACAUUUUCAAAAUUGGCUUAUCAGGUGGUUCUUUAAUUAAUUUUUUGGCUGAGGGUCUACCUACAAUCAAGACUGAUUGGUCUAAGUGGCGUUUUUUCUUCUGUGACGAGCGAAUCGUACCUUUUGAUAAUGAGGAAUCAACUUUCGGCCAGUACAAAACUAAGUUAAUUGGCAAAAUUCCAGUUACUGCAGAUCAAUUUAUUACUGUCGACUCUGAUAUUUCUGCUGCUGAAGCGGCAAAUGAUUAUAUCAAGAAGAUGUCUGUCUAUUUUCCACCAGACAGUCUACCGCGUUUUGAUAUGCUUUUGCUUGGAAUUGGUCCUGAUGGUCAUACAUGCUCAUUAUUUCCUAAUCAUCGAUUACUUGAUGAAACUAGUCGGUGGGUUUGUCCGAUAAACGAUUCACCUAAACCUCCUUCUUCAAGGAUUACUUUAACAUUUUCGGUUAUUAAUAAUGCCAAAGCAUGUAUUUUUGCUGCCACUGGAGCCAGUAAAGCUGAUAUAAUCAAACGUGUAAUAGAAUUAAAAGAAAAUUUACCUGCGGGUCGGGUGAAAUUAACCAACGGUAAUUUAUAUUGGAUUCUUGAUGAAGAAGCAGCAUCAGGCAUAACGGAAGGUUAAAUAUUGAAAAAGAAUAUAAGAAACAACUUCAAGAGGUGACAUUUUUAAUAUUUUUGUAUGCAUUAUCAAUUAAUCAAUCGCAACAUUCUUAAUUGCAAUUUUAUAAAAUUUAACAAUGCAUAACACUCAGGUAUUUUAAUUUUUUAAGAUUUUGUAGGUAUACAUAUAUCAAAAACCAAAUUGUUCUUAUUCAUGUUAAAAAUAGAAUACAUUCUGAUACCAUACCAAUGAUAAAUCGCAAAAAAUAUUUCGGGAUAAUGAUGGACAGGAAUUUUUUCUUACUUACUCUUUAGAACCAAAUAUCGUGAUAAAUUUUCGAAAAUAGUUCAAUUAUUUUUCGAAUCUCAAUAAAAUAUUCUAAGCUUAUUAAUGAUUCCAUGAUUUGAAUUGAUUCUUACAAAAUUGUACUUUCUUAGAUAAUUGGUACGUGAAAAUAUAAGCACCUUCAGGAUAUUUAUUUUUGUCAUCAGUAUAGAUUACCGGUACUUUUUUCAGAUUAUUGUACCAAUUGCUUCCAGAUUUUUUAUAUCAUUAAUAUGAAAUAUCACCUCAAUUUAUAUAAUUUCUCUCUAUUCAAAGUUAUUUGGUUAAUUAUUGAAUAAAUAAAUGUUUUUUGGUAGUAAAUGUCGCUAUUAUA